AUGUUCCUCACUGCCCUUGUUUUAACUGCCCUUCAAGGUGCUUCUGCCCAAAUUAUCGGCACUGGCGUUCUGCCAGGUGGAUGCGCCAAUUGCCAAGUAGCGAAUGGUGAAUGGUCACAAUGGAGUGAAUGGGCGGAAUGUGUUACAAUGUUUGGAACACAUUCUCAAACGCGCUACCGUACCUGCUCAAUGGUUACUUGUGUGGGUUCAGCUAGUGAAGCAAGGCCAUGUGUGUACGUGCCAGUGCAACCGGUACAGCCUGUACAGCCCGUACAGCCUGUGCAACCUGUACAGCCCACUGCACAGUGGGCAGAAUGGGGUCCGUGGGGUGUUUGCAGUGUGACCUGCGGUGGCGGCACCUGCUCCCGAACUCGUCUGUGUAACACCUAUGCCUGUCCGACCUGCCAAUGUAUCGGAGCAGCCGUAGAGACGAUGACUUGUAACACGCAGCCGUGCUGCGAGUAUGGUGAGGUACGUCACUGUCCCAGCGUAAGUGUAGGAGAUAUGAGUCUAAGAAUGGAUGCGUGUCAGGAGAUCCAAGUUACAGCGGCGAGCAGAUUUCUCAACUGA